AUGCAUUGUGCUGCUUUGCUGCUGGUUCAGCUAUCGCUACUGACAUACUACACACUAGCAGACGACGUUGGCUUCGACUACGAUCCUACAGAUUUGACAGCUUGGGAACACGAUUAUGGCCACUAUCCCUAUCGAACGUUUGAGUCUACCGACCUGACGUCUCCGGCUGUGGCACACAAGAUCGAUUCACCAGCAUGUCAGGAUGGUCUGCUGACAUUUCUUACACCUCGAGGUACCGCCGUCAACGAAAGUCGUGGUAUGGUAAUACUCGACGACCAAGGAGAACUUGUAUGGAUGCAAAAGACGGAAGGACAACCCUACAACCUUGAUGUGCAAACAUACCAGGGCGCUCCACACCUGACCUACUGGCUAGGCGAUGAUACCGUCGGGGGUCAUGGAGAAGGAGACUAUUACCUGCUGAAUUCGUCUUACGAUCUGGUUUCGAAGAUUUCUGCCUUGGGCGACCUACGCGCCGAUUUGCAUUCCCUAAGCCUCACACCGAACGAUACCGCCAUCAUCAGUAUAUAUGAGCAAUAUGAGAAAGAGAAGGAAGGAAAACUGGAAUACAUCUGGGACUGCCUAUUUCAAGAGAUUGAUAUAUCGACCAACAGUCUCGUUUUCCAAUGGCGUGCCUCAGACUAUCAUGAUACAUCCGAAUCAUAUCAUGAUCCACGCUACGAAGAGGAGGGAGCAACCAACCACACACAUUGGGAUUGGUAUCAUCUCAACUCGGUCGAGAAGGACGACCUGGGCAACUAUCUCGUCUCAGCUCGGUACACGCACUCUAUAAGCUAUAUCGAUGGCCAGACUGGUGACUUGAUCUGGACGCUUGGAGGCAAGCGCAACAUGUUCACAUCAGACGAUCACGCCUUUGAUUUCUCCUCUCAGCAUUUCGCGCAAUUCCACUCCAUUGACGAGUUCCCGAGUCUGGUCGCGGACUUUGGUACUAGGCAAGAAGGCAUCACCACGCGCUUAAUUAGUCUUUUUGACAAUAGAAACGACGAUACGUGGGACUCUGGGAUGGCUUCGAGAGGACUGCUUCUUGCUGUUUCUUAUCCCACUCGUCCUGUCCUUGAUGGCGAGAUCAACAAGAACGACUACAAAGCUCGUGUCGUCCGAGAGUAUCUCCAUCCGAAUGAGUUGGUUGCCGACAGUCAAGGAAGCUUGCAGGUUGUUCCUACUGCCGAUGCCAACCAAGAUCCAAGCAUCUUGAUUGGUUGGGGUGCACGAUCGGUAUGGUCUUCAUACUCUGCCUCAGGCAAGCUCUUUUGCGACGAUCAUUUUGGAACAGAGGCUGCCAUACUCAAUGGAUCUGUUCAAUCCUAUCAUGUGAUGCGAUAUCCCUGGAUAGGGCUGCCGAGCGAGCCUAUUUCGAUGGUCCACAACUCUGAGCGAGACGGUCUCUUUGUGUCCUGGAAUGGAGCUACUGAAGUUGUAUCAUAUGCGCUGCAGCACAAUGAUAUCAGUGGAGACUACUAUGCUGAUUGGGUCUAUACCAGCAUUACCCAAAAGGAAGGGUUCGAAACAGAGGUCGGGAUUGGCGGAUGCGUGACCCGAUUUGUACGUGUCAUUGCAUUGGAUGUAGAUGAAAAUGUGCUCGGUGUCUCGGAGGCAAUGGAGCUGCCCUUCACGAAGGUAAGCGACUUUCCUCGACAUUGUUUUCAUUGUGCUAAUGACUUGUUCAGGGAUUUCAUUGCGACGAGAUCAACAACAUGUACAUUACGUCGGAUAGCAAGACCCUCUCUGCAGCACCUGUUGCUUUGA